GCAGGCGCAGGGCUGGCUCGUGCGCACGAGGGGUGCUUGGGACCGGAAGUUGAUUCGGCGGCGCCCGUCGGUGAGUGUCUAGGGCCUGAAACCCAGGAUGAACUUGUGUCCCUCCUUGAGGUCGCUUCAGGAGUCCUGAAUCUCACUAGCUGAGCCAGGCCCUUCCAUACCUACAGUGUCCAUCACCUGUGUGGUAAUCGCUACCAGGAAAGGAGGAAAAUCAGCUCUUUGAAGAGAAAGUGGUUCCUUAUUUGUAGGGCCGCCCUGUUACUGUUGCAUACGGGGAUGGAUGAAAAAAUCGGGCCCAGGUGAUCAGAACCAAGGCCCACUUCGUGACAACGUUGUGGGUCACAGCAUGGCUCCUCCCAGGACCAGGGAGGGGAGGGGUCACCGAGACCACCGCUGGCCUCCCAGCGAGGAAGAGGCCUGGGAGAGAUGGGACUGGGAUUGUCCAGAGACACGUGGCCUCUUUGAGGACGCCUUCUUCGGCGAUGAGGAUUACAUCCGCCAGGGCUCUGAGGAGUGCCAGAAGUUCUGGGCCUUCUUUGAACGCCUGCAGCGAUUCCAGAAUCUCAAGACCUCCAAGAAGGAGGAAAAAGACCCCAGACCUCCCCAACACUGCAUCCCGGCCCUGGCCGACCUGCCUCGCACUUACGAUCCCCGCUACCGCAUCAACCUCUCUGUGCUUGGCCCCGAUGCAUGGAGCACCCGGAGGCUGGGCAGUCGCCUGCCCCCGGAACGCGUGUCUGAGUUCCGCCAGGCCCUGCUGCACUACCUGGACUUCAGCCAGAAGCAGGCAUUUGGGCGGCUGGCCAAGCUGCAGCGGGAGCGGGCUGCCCUUCCCAUCGCCCAGUACAGGAACCGAAUCCUGCAGAUGCUGAAGCAGCACCAGGUGGUGGUGGUGGCCGGGGACACAGGGUGUGGCAAGUCCACCCAGGUACCCCAGUACUUGCUGGCUGGCGGCUUUAGCCAUGUUGCCUGCACCCAGCCCCGGCGAAUUGCCUGCGUCUCACUGGCCAAGCGCGUUGGCUUCGAGAGCCUCAGUCAGUAUGGAUCUCAGGUCGGCUACCAGAUCCGCUUUGAAAGCACGCGCUCGGUGGCCACCAAGAUCGUGUUCCUGACGGUGGGGCUGCUCCUGCGGCAGAUCCAGCACGAGCCCAGCCUGCCCCAGUACAACGUCCUGAUCGUGGAUGAGGUCCACGAGCGGCAGCUGCACAGCGACUUCCUCCUGGGCGUCCUGCGGCGCCUGCUGCCCACGAGGCCUGACCUUAAGGUCGUCCUCAUGUCGGCCACCAUCAACAUCGAGCUCUUCUCCAGCUACUUCGGCAAUGCGCCCGUGGUGCAGGUGCCCGGGCGGCUCUUCCCCAUCACGGUCAUUUACCAGCCACAGGAGGCCGAGCAGACAGCCUCCAAGACUGAGAAGUUGGACCCGCGGCCCUUCCUGAGGGUGCUGGAGGCCAUUGACAGUAAAUACCCGCCUGAGGAGCGUGGGGACCUCCUGGUCUUCCUCAGCGGCAUGGCAGAGAUCAGUGCCGUGCUGGAGGCCGCCCAGACCUAUGCCAUCCACACGCAGCGCUGGGUGGUGCUCCCACUGCACAGCACGCUCUCCGUGGCCGACCAGGACAAGGUGUUCGAUGUGGCCCCUCCUGGAGUCCGGAAAUGCAUCCUCUCCACCAACAUCGCAGAGACUUCGGUCACCAUCGACGGGAUCCGCUUUGUCUUGGACUCCGGGAAGGUGAAGGAGAUGAGCUACGACCCACAGGCCAAGCUGCAGCGGCUGCAAGAGUUCUGGAUUAGCCAGGCCAGCGCUGAGCAACGCAAGGGCCGGGCAGGCCGCACAGGCCCUGGUGUCUGCUACCGCCUCUACGCCGAGUCUGACUAUGACGCCUUCGCCCCCUACCCAGUCCCUGAAAUCCGGAGGGUGGCCCUGGAUGCACUGGUGCUGCAGAUGAAGAGCAUGAGUGUGGGGGACCCACGUACCUUCCCCUUCAUCGAGCCGCCGCCCCCUGCCAGCCUGGAGACCGCCAUCCUGUACCUCCGGGACCAGGGCGCGCUGGACGCCUCUGAGGCCCUCACGCCUAUCGGCUGUCUGCUGGCCCAGCUGCCCGUGGACGUGGUGAUCGGGAAGAUGCUGAUCCUGGGUUCCACGUUCAGCCUGGUGGAGCCAGUGCUCACCAUUGCCGCUGCUCUCAGUGUGCAGUCGCCUUUCACGCGCAGUGCCCAGAGCAGCCUGGAGUGCGCGGCAGCACGCCGGCCCCUGGAGAGUGACCAGGGCGACCCCUUCACGCUCUUCAAUGUCUUCAAUGCCUGGGUGCAGGUGAAGGCUGAGCACAGCAGGAUCUCUCGCAAGUGGUGCCGCCGCCGGGGCGUGGAGGAGCAUCGGCUGUAUGAGAUGGCCAACCUGCGACGCCAGUUCAAGGAGCUGCUGGAGGACCACGGGCUGCAGGCUGGGGCCCAGGUGGUCAGGCCGCGGGACAGCUACAGUCGGCUGCAGCAGCGCCGGGAGCGCCGGGUCCUGCACCAGCUGAAGCGGCAGCAUGAGGAGGGCAAGGGCCGCCGGCGCAAGGUGCUGCGGCUGCAGGAGGAGGCUGACGACGGCUCCAGUGACGAGGACCGUGCUGGCCCUGCUGCCCAGGGUGCCAGUGACAGCGUGGACAUCCAGGACGUGAAGUUUAAGCUCCGGCACAACCUGGAGCAGCUGCAGGCAGCCGCCAGCUCAGCCCAGGAGCUGAGCCGGGAGCAGCUGGCCCUGCUCAAGCUGGUGCUGGCCCGAGGCCUUUACCCACAGCUGGCCGUGCCCGACCCGCUCAACAGUGGCCGCAAGGACUCGGACCAGAUUUUCCACACCCAGGCCAAGCAGGGCGCAGUGCUGCACCCUACCUGCAUCUUCACUGGCAGCCCCGAGGUGCUGCACACGUGGGAGCCGGAGGCCACGGGCGGCGGAGGGAGCCGAGGUGACAAGGACAAGAUGAGCAGCAAGCACCAGCUCCUCACCUUCGUCUCCCUGCUGGAGACCAACAAGCUGUACCUGGUAAACUGUGUCCGCAUCCCAGCCCUCCAGUCCCUGCUGCUGUUCAGCCGGUCCCUGGACACCAAUGGUGACUGCUCCCGCCUGGUGGCCGACGGCUGGCUGGAGCUGCAGCUGGUGGACAGCGAGGGCGCUGUCCGGCUUCUGGCAGCUGCCCUACGCCUCCGUGCCCGCUGGGAGAGCGCUCUGGACCAGCAGCUGUCACACCAGGCCUGGCAGCGGCAGCGGCUUGAGGAAGAGGAUGAGGCUGCACUCAUCAGCCACACAGAGGUGGCCGCCCUGAGCAGGGAGCUACUGCAGUUCGUGGCCACCAAGGUUCCCUACAGCCUCCGGCGGCUCACAGGGCUGGAAGCCCAGAACCUCUACGUGGGACCCCAGACCAUCCUGGCCACCCCCAGUCUCCCUGGCCUCUUCGGCAGCUCUACUCUGUCCCCACACCCCACCAAGGGUGGCUACAGCGUCACCAGCUUCCUCACCUAUAACUGCCUCUCAAGUGACACGGACCUGUACAGCGACUGCCUGCGCACCUUCUGGACCUGCCCGCACUGCGGCCUGCACCUGCCGCUCACACCGCUGGAGCGCAUGGCGCACGAGAGUGUCUGCACCACGGGCCCCGACGGCGCCCCAGGCAAGGGGGCGGCUCCUCCAGGUCCCCCACCCCACUUCCUGCCUCUCUUGCCUCUGGUCUCCUGGUCCCUACCCGUGUCUGUCUCUUUGGUGUCUCCAUGGCCGAGUGCCUUUCUCCUUUCUCUGUCCCUCAGCUGUGUCUGCCUCGGUCACAUCCCCUCAUUGCCACCAAGGGGUGCUGCAGUGUCUGCCGCUGUGUCCCCUACACCGCAGGGAGACUGGGAGGCCCACGACUGCCGUCUCUGUCUCCCUGGUGGUGGCAGGGUACAGUGCAGCCUGUGCGUGGUUAGCGGGGAAGGCUUCCUGGAGGGCGCGAAGCUGGGCUCCCUGAGGUGUGGAGAGACGGAGCCCGGCAGGCGCCCCUCAGAGCCUCCCCUCCCGCAGGCGCUGAGGAAGCUGCCCCUGAGCACCCCCAGAAGCCAUCGGCCCUGCAGAGGCCCUACCACUGCGACACCUGCCAGAAGGACUUCCUGUUCACACCCACCGAGGCUCUGCGCCACCGCAGGCAGCACGUGUGAGCCGCCACCACCACCUGUUCCCUGCGACCCCUGCACCGGCCAGGCUCAGAGCAGUGCUGGUCCCGUCUGAGGGAGGUUGUAGCUCGCUCAGGGAAUAAAGCUCACACUGGCACCGCCUCA